CACAAAGAACUGAAGCCAAAACAGUAAGAUUUUCAAGCUGAUGGAAAAUGGACGUACUAUCGCAUUACAGCUCACCCGUAGUUGAAUUUCCGGCCACGCAGCCCUUGGAGAAGCAGCAUGCCCUGGUGGACAACUGUACGGGUACCGAUCCACCGCCUCCCAGCAAAGAUGCCGCCACGGGAACGCAGAUGAAGCUGCAUGUGGCCACACAAACAGAGCAACGAGUAGUUAGCAGCAAGGAUGUCGAAUACGAUGAGCGGGCUUUGGCCAAAUGGUUGCGACAGAUCUGCCCCAUGGUCGAACGGGAGCUUAUGAAUCCCACGCCUCUGAUGGAGGAUCUAACGAUGAGCCAGUGCCGCCUGGAGGAGGAACUGCAGGUGUACACGUACCAGAAACUGACAAUGGGUGGUGCGGACAACUCGCAAGGACUGGCCAUUUGGCUGUGUGUGCAUACGAAUAAUGCCCCAGUUCUGGUGGCCACCACGGUAGCUCCCCAUGAUGACUGGUGCGAGCAUGUGGAUCAGCAGCUAAAGCUCUUUGUUCCCCAAAGAAUGUCCGUUGGCAACUUGGUGAUUUACACAGAGGCCAAAACUCUACCCCUAAAAUCCUGUUUGCGAAGUCUGUGCACAAAUCCGUACAACAAGACCAUGUUCGCUGGUUCCACCAUGGACGGAGAGCUCUUUAUUUGGUUAUAUGAACAGGCGAGGGGUUCCGAUUCCAGCGUCGAUAUCAAACAGCUAUACACUGUAUCAUCCGCCCAGGGAGCUGCAGUGGCUCUGGACUGGCCGCGGGAACAUCUUCUGUUGGCCUGCUAUGCCAAUGGCAGCGUUCGACAGUGGGAUCUAAGCAGGCAGAUGGCUCUGGAUUGGGAGUACUCCCUGCCCGCAACGGUUACCUCAGAGCCAACGGCAAUGGUGACCCUUGGUCUGGAUGACUUCGUCGUGGGCACUAACGAUGGUGGCGUCUAUCGCUGCUGGAACACUGGCCGCCAAACCGCACCCACCAAGCAGAUCCAGUUGUUGGCUCUACGGCGACAUCGUUUCAUGGUUUCCACUCUGCUCCGUACCGAAAUGGAGUGCAACCAGUUUGUCCUGAGCUGCGAUCUCAGUGGACAGGCCUUCUAUCACGAUAUGCGGCUUGUGGAUGAGGAUAUGGCUCAGUUGAUAGUACAAAUCCCACUUCCCUUUAAAAACGUAAUCGCCUGUAGUCGGGAUGGCAACAUCAUCUACUGCCCAGCCAAUGAUGGGUCACUGGAAUACUAUAGGGUUAGCGAUGGUGCCCAUGCCCACGUCAAGGGAGGACUUCGCGGCAAGGGAAGCCUUAUCCGUAGUAGCGACAAUGGACGCUGGUUAAUUACAGGCCUCUAUGGCGACGAGUUCCAGAUAUUCUACAUAGAACACUAAAUAGUCGUAUUGAAUUUGGUUCUCAGUUUUGA